AUGUACCGCGAGCUACUCACAUCUCGCCAGGCUUUCCUCUCCCCCCACAAAACCCUCUUCUCCUCCACACUCUUUCCCUCCCCCAGCCACCCGUCGCUGCAACCACGCCUGCUCUUUGAGUCCGCCUCCUGCGUUCCCCACAACCCACACUCAUCCUCCUCCAGAGCAUCCGCCUCUUUCUCUCAAAACGGCGGGUCUUCAUAUCCGCCUUACCAGCAACCCCCCUACCGCCACCAACAACCUUCCUUCCCACCUCCUCUCUCCUACCCGCCUCCGUUCCCCACUCCAACACCUUACCCUCACACCCCCCCGUUACCGUCACAUUCGUUUCAAACACAAUCGGGGUUAGCGACAUGCCCGCCCGGCGUGGGCGUGUUCUGGGACUACGAGAACUGCCCCGUGCCUGUCGGCGCCGACUGCGCUGCGCUCGUGCGGCGCCUGCGCGACGUGGCGCGCACGUUCGGCGUGGUGCGGAGCGUGCGCGCGUACGGGAAGCCGGAGGAGGUGCAUGCGCGCAUGGUGGGAAAGAUGGGCGCGUGCGGCGUGGAGGUGGUGGCGGUGGCGGCGGGCAAAGAGAUGGCGGACAAGGCCAUCAUCACCGACGCGCUGCUCUUCGCUCUCGACGAGCGCGAGGUCAACCGAGCCGUCCCGCCGUGCGUGGUGGUGGUGUCGGGCGACGUGGGGUUCGCGGGCGUGCUGGCGAAGCUCACCAACCGCGCCGUCACCACCGUGCUGCUCGCGCGCCCGCGCAAGAACGGCAGCAAGGGCAAGCGCGGCACCAUCCCCGCGCCCCUGGCGCAGUCAGCGGCCGUCACUCUUGACUGGGACCAGCUCAUUCUCGCGGGAGAGAGCGGUGCAGGCGGGGAGAGCGGGUGGAGGGGCGGCAGCAGAGCAGGCGAUGAUGGUGGUGUUACUGAUGCGGGGAAUGGGGGUGUUGCUGCUGCUGUUGCACGCGGUGAGGCAGCGCCGUCCCAUGCGGAGGCAGGGGGGGCCCCGCGGCGGGAGUCGUGGGCGGAGGUGAUGGCGCGCGCCCUGUCCGUGCGCUCCCCUGCGGACGUGCUGACAGCGCGCCUGCGCGCCCACAUGCUCACCACGCUGGCGGCCCACGGCGCGGUGACGACGUCAUUGCUGUUCGUGGCUUACCAGCGCGUGUGGGGGCGGCAGCUGCGCCUGGCGGACUACGGGCUGCGCGACGUCAAGGCGCUCGUCGCGCUGCUGCCGCACGUCAUGGCCGUGAGCGAGGGGUGGCCGGGGCAGGCGGCGCGCAAGAAGUUGAGCGUUGAGGCGCGCGAGGCCAUGGCACGCCGCCGGACAUUCUCCCUUGUGCGCUCGCACGGCAACCUGCGCGCGCUGGCGCUGGUGCAGUCACGGCUGCGGUGCGUGGUGGUGGCCGUGCUGCAGGCGCACGUGGCCCGCGCGGAUGCCGCCUAUGCUGCUGCUCGCACUGCACGGGGCAGUGCUGGUGCGGUGGCAGGAAGAAAUGGGGGGGGCGCAGAGCGGGGUGGCAUGGGCGAGCAGGUCCCUGGGGACCGCGGGGCGUCGAGUGAAGGCAGCACUAAUGGCAAGGAUGGGAGCGGCAGGAGCGGUACUAAUGGCAGUGGGAGUAUUAUCAAGAGCGGCGGCAGCGGCGGCACGGGGAUUGGAGCGCGUGACAGGAGGGCGAGCCGGUGGAUGCCCGUGGAGGAGGUGGGCGUGGCAGUGCGGCGUGUAUGCCAGGAGAGGCUCGGCGCGCUGCUGACCCGGCAUGGGUACAGGCGAGACGCCUUCUGCAACGUGUCCCAGAAGGCCCGGCUGGUGGCACUGCUGGCAGACAUGCCCGACCUGGUGCGCCUCAAGAAGCUGCGGGGCGCGGGGGGCGUGGUGCUGGUGGGGCUGGUGGCGGGCGCUGAGGCCGACCCUGUUGUGGCCCAGUGGGCCGAGCGGAACGAGGGGCUGUGGGAUGGGCGCGUGUACUCGUGGCAGGACAGCCGUGGGCAGGGGGGUGGCGGCUGGGAUGAGGGGGAGCGGGAUGACGACGAGGAGGACGAGGACGAGGACGAUGAGGAAGAGGAGGAGGAGGAGGAAGCGGAUAUUGGGAGGUGGGUGGUAAGGGAGGCUGUGAGGAGAGGAGGCGAGCGGGGCAUGUUGGGUGAUUGGAGUGAGGAGGGGAGUGAUGGAGAGGAAGGGGAGGAAGAGGAGGAAGAUGAGGAAGAGGAGGAAGAAGAUGAGUGGUGGGAAGAUGAUGAGGAGGAGGAGGAGGAGGAGGGUGACGAGGAGGAGGAAGAGGAGGAGGCAGAGGAUGAAGAAGAGGAGGAAGAGGAGGAGGAAGAUGAGGAGGAGGAAGAGGAGGAAUAUGAGGAGGACGAGUAUGGGUUUCUGGCAACAGGGGAUAUGUACGAGGAAGAGGAAGAAGAGCGCUCAUGGCAGGGCAGGGAGGGCGGGGGGGCCAUGGGGGGCAGGGAGGGCAGGGAGGGCAGGGAGGGCAGGGAGGGGGGGGAGGGCGGGGUGCAAGUGGCAGGUGAGAGACGCAUGAGGGAGGAUGGUGGCGUGGUGGGUGGGCGUGGCAGCACGCACAUUGAAUGGGGCGAGAAGGCGGAUGGCGAGAGUGGGCAAGGGCAGGGCAGCAGCGCGGGCGUAGCGGGGGUGCAGGCACAUGGAGCCUCGUCCUCGCCUGGCGAGUGCAGAGCAGGUGCAGCAGGCGGUGGCGAUGUGGAGGGAUACCGUGUGGUGGCAGGGUGGGAGGAGUGGCAGGGCGAGGAGGGCGAGGAGGGCGAGGAGGGCGAGGAGGGCGAGGAGGGCGAGGAGGGCGAGGAGGAAGAGGAGUAUGCAUACUAUGCGGCAUAUGACAGCCAUGAGAGCGAGGGGGAGGUGGAUGGAGAUGCUCGUAUAAAUGGUACCGUGCAUGCGCUCUCUCACCCGCCUUUCAUUGCGCCUGGGGAUGCUGCACCUGCCCCCGCACCUGCACCUGCCCCUUCAGCUGCCCCUUCAGCUGCCCUUUCAGGUGCCCCUUCAGGUGCUGUGCCCCAUGAUGGUGCACAGGCUGAGGCAGCUGCUGUGAGCAAAGCUGAUGAUGUUUCUGUGGAAGCACCCCUUCCCACUCCUGCAUUUUCUCUUACUCCUGCUCCUGCUCUCACUACUCCUACCGCUGCUGCUGCUGAUGAUGCUCCUGCCACCGCCGCCCCUACCGCUGCUGUGCCUGCACUUGCCGUGGUCGGAGGGAAUGACAAUGAGCAGCAGGGCAGCAGCAACGGUGGGCAGCGAGCUGACGGUAUCCCCACACCCGUGCACUCCGCCCCGCGCCCUGCUCGCCUUCCUCGCCACCCACCCCACCCGCCUGCUGCCUCUGAGCACGCCCAGGGGGACGUGGGUCAGCUGUUGCAGCACCACGCACAGCCCACUGCCCUGCACAAGCCACACUGCCAUGCCCAAGACUCCCCAAGUGCUGCCCACACCACAGCAUCCCACGACCCGCUGUGGCCCGCUGUCUUUGCCUCCGCGUCGGCCGUGCGCUCGCCCCUCGAGCUCGCCCUCCUCCGCUUCUCCCUCCGCACCCUCACUCUCCUCGCCGCCCGCGGCCCGCUCCCACUGGGCGGCAUGGCUCGGGAGUUUGUGCAGCGCGGGUGGUGGCGGCCCGACCCUGCUCGGGUUGAUGUGGAUGCAUUGGUUGGGCCGAUUGCCACGGUGGUGCGUGAUUAUAACGAGUACACAUACAUCGAGGGAGGUAGAGCGGUGGGAGGGGAGGGAGGUACGACCAGCAAAGGAGGCAAUGGGGUUGGUGUUGUGGCCACACGUGGUUCUGGUGAGGGUGGUAGCGCUGGUGAGGGUGGUAACUUGGGUGGUGGUAAGGCUGGGGCUGCGCCUCCUUGGGUUGUGGGUGCAGCGGCGAUUGGGAGGGGUUGGGUGCAGCGCGAACAGAGGCUGGCAGUGGUUGUGAGCGAGAGGGCGUUGCAGCUGGUGAGUCUCGUGCAGUCAGGGCUGCGCCGUGUGGUGAUGGGGGUCGUCCUCACACACGGUGCUGACUGGGAUGCCCCCCCUGCUCUCACUGAACCCCUUCAAAACAACAGCUCUAGACGCGGCAGCAGCAGCAGCAGCAGCAGCAGCAGGUGGAUGUGGCUGGAGGAGCUAGCAGGCAGGCUAGAGGAGCACACAGGGCAUUCCCUGCCGAGCCUGCUCGCCAGGCACGGGUACAGCAGCCGUGCCUUCCCCAGGUGGUCCAUGAAGGCCCGGCUGGUGGCACUGCUGUGUGACAUGCCUGACCUCGUGCGCGUGGGCGAGGCAGGGGCGCUGCUGCCAGUGGGGGAGGUGACCGAUGGGGAGCACAGCGGCAUGUUGAAGCACCAUGAAGCACAUACGUGCAUGGGCGAGCAGUUGAAGGAACGGAGUGAGGAGGGGGCUUACAUGUGGAGGGAUGGGUGUGUGGAUGAUGAGGAGGCGGCUGAGGAGUGGUGGUUGGAGAUGGAUGGCGGGGAGUGGGCUGAGAGAGACGAGCUGGGCCUGCGGCACUGCGGCCUCGUGGUGGUGCUUGUACAGGGGGCUGAGCUGGACCCGCGCUUCAAGACGUGGCAUGUGCGCAACGAGGGCAAGUGGGACGGGCGCGUCUACUCCAUGGCUGGCCUCAGCAUCGGGAUCGCCUCCUCCCUUGCCUCAUCUGAUAGCGGUGUCGAACGAAAGGUGCAAAUUGAUGGAUUCAAACGUGAGGGAAAGGAUAAGGUGUGGGGAAUGGAUGGGAUGGGAUAUGAUGACGGUCUUACGAGCAGAGACGGUGUGAGGAACGAUGUGAUGGAACGUGUGGUGAGCCAUGUGAGUGAUUGGUUGGUGAAUGUGCCCGAGGGAUUUGAUGUGGAGAGAGUGGUGGAGAUGGAGAGGACGUGGAGGGAGGAAGAUGCGGAAUUUGAAGUGACAAGUGAAGUGGAGGAGGAUUUGCACGAAGUGAUCUAG